GAAUGUUUUAACAAAAAGAGUUCGAUUAUUCUUAAACUCCAGAAGUUUAAUAAUUAUAUUAAGAAUUCGUUGAUGCUUUUGAAGAAAAACUAAUUGUUGAAGAUUUUAUUCCAGUUGUUGAAGCUGCUUGCGGAGAAUAAUGUUCUUUAUUAUUAAAAAAAUUACAAAGAAGAAAAAAUUAAAAAUUGGAUUAAGACGAAUUUGCUUAACAGUUUAACUUUGAAUUGUCUGAACCUGAAAACUUUGACUGCAUCUAUGAAGUAUUAGAAUAAGGUAAAGGCAAAAUCACUUUUGAAGGAUUAAAAGCUGCCAAUUAGAAAUAUAAAUUUGGAUUAACUGAUUAAGAUAUGAAAAUCAUGAUGUAAUACACUAAUGUCAAAGAUUAACCUAUUACUAAAUCAGUAUUUAGAUAAAUGAUAUCAUGA